CACUCACAAAAACAACAUGACAUUCUUACAGUCGAUAUCUCAGAAUUAAAGAAGAAACCCCUACGCUGAUUGGCUAUCCAUUCGAGUAGAACUAGCGGUUGCAUAAAUGGGAAAAGAAGAACGAACACGAACUGUAUGAGACUUAACGUCGAGAAAGAGGGCGACACAGUGAUUAUUCCAUUUUUUAUUGAUCGGGUGCUGAAGAGACCCAGGAAUAAUCAUGUCCGCCCAAACAGAUGCGGUAUUUCACCGCCGCAAUAAGCAGAUCCAGGAAGCCCUUGACUCUCAGAACCUGAAACAGGCGCUGCAGCUGGUAGAUAAACGGAUAAAAAAGGGUGAGGAUACAAGGUUUUUAAGAGCGUGGAGAGCACAGAUAUUAUACCUACAUCCAGACGAAACGCAUUCUAAACAGGGCAUUGCUGCUACUCUUGAAUUAUGCCGGGCUGAGCCUCCAACGACAGAUCUCGAUACAUUGGAAAUGCUACACUCCACUCUGCGCCAGCUGAGCGGCCACGAUGAUACCGCAAGGGGUAUCUGGGAAAAAGCAGCAAAGACGAAAUCGCAAGAUCUAGAGAUUCAGACGCAAUGGUUCUCCAUGUCGUUCGACGCAGAUGACUGGAAAUCGGCGCAAAAGGCAGCAAUGAGUUUGCAAGUUAAUUUCCCAAAGCAACGCAAAUAUUACUUUUGGGCUAUCUUUCUCUCCUACCUCCUGGCCGUUGACCCUGCAUCGUCGGAUAUGGAACGCAAACUAUUUGGGACCUUGGCUUAUCGGAUGAUUUCAAAAGCUGCUGAUAGUGUACCAAGUGAUCCAAAAGAACUUCUGAGUCCGCCUCGAGCGAUUCAGACUACGGAAGAGUUGUUUCUUCUCAUCAAAAUAUUUCAAUCACAAGACCGUAAUGAUGAAAUAUUAAAGAUCCUUGAUAGCGAGAAUGUAGGCUUGAAAUCUAGAAUUGUCCAGAAUGAUUGGUUUUUUGUAAGAGAGAAGUUGAUUUGCCUGGGCAAAGCUGAAAAAUGGACGGAUGGUUUUGAGUAUGCAAAGGAGUUCCUAUCUGUUCCAGAAGAUGGGGACUCUGCACAAAAUCUGCUUAAAGAGAGGGAUGACUGGGAAGUUUGGAACCUCUUGCUGUCUUCAGUCAAGAAAAUCAAUACGGAAGAAACCACCCAGGAGAGCUUUGAGUUUCUACAAAAGUUCGUUAAACGGUUUCCAAAGUCCCGCAAUUCCCAUCUUGCUCAGCUUGAUUUCCUGCUGUGGCGAUUGGAGAGCGGUGCGCUGUCGCAAUCUGAGUAUCUUGCUGCUUGUCAAGAAUAUUAUGACGCUAACAGUAGUAAACUGUACUGCUUCGAUGAUAUGCGCAAAUAUGCAUUGCAUCUAAGCCCAGACCAGAUUACCAAACUAGUCGAGUAUGCCUUGGGUAAAGCAGCGCUCCAAGAAAAGACGCCAGACACGGCACAACAGGUUGCCAUCAUCAAUGCAUUCAAACUUGAAUACUGUUUCAGCUUGUUUUCCGGAGAAACUGUUUCGGCAAAUAAAGUAGAAGACUUUGUAUCACGCUGUCUGAGAACGUACCGGGCGACCAAACCACCCAAGUCAACGGCAACGGCGAUAGAAAAUCAGCCAAGAGAUGACAUCGGGCUACUUGCUGUUAUGAGUCUUGUGCACGCGAGUAACCACUGGCAGCGAACUGAAGAGCAGAAAAGUCCUAGUUCUGAAUUAAUCCGGGCUGCCGCUCUGCUAGAGUUCUUGCUGCAGGACUCGCCUCAUAACUACCAGAUAUUACUUCUUCUCGUUCGGGUCUAUCUUCUUCUGGGUGCUGGUUCUAUUGCCAUGAAGACUUUUGGCAAACUCUCAGUCAAACAAAUCCAAAACGAAACUGUCGCUCAUAAUCUAUAUACCCGCAUUGCCACCAUACAUCCUCACGGAGCUCCUCCCAUUGAAGCGGAUUACAAGGACUUUAUUCCCGAAGCGGCUCUCUCGCAAGCAAUCUCGUUCUAUGGGAGUGUGGAUAGAACGACGACUAAACAGCGUAAUGCCGGCUUAAACCUCGGAAGCUACGUGAACGUGGAAGGAACUAUUGAGCUUCAAAGACGCUUAAAGCAGAGUGUCUGCAAGUUCAUGUGGGCAUUUGAAGGGCGACGCAUUGAAAGGCUUGCUGGUGGAAACCGGGUUAAUAGGUAUCACGAUAUCGUUUCAGAAAUCCCUGAAUUGCUUGAUCAACGAGCAUUUGAUGCUUUCAUGAACUGCGAACCCUUGGGCAAACCAACAUUUGAGGAGAAAGUGCGAUUGGGUCCUUUACCAAAGAAAUCGUGGAUCCGAUCUACACAAACCAUUGACCGAGUAUUUACCACUAUCAAUCAGCUUCAAUUACAGAAGCCUGUAAAAACAGAUAUUACACUUCCUGAACUGGAAGAAAUAGCUCUAUCUGAUUUGGAUGAUAUGACACUAGCUGAAAAGCGCCACGCCAGUAUUCAUAACGUUCUACUGAAAGUGGCAUUGUUGCUUUCAGAUUCAAAAUCGGUGUCAGGCCACGAUAUAGACAAGGUGCUCAUUCAAGCAGAACAAUGGUUGUUGAAGACAUUACAGUCUAUUUCAAACGAGAGCACAUUAGCGGACAUAACAAUUUCCAUACCUUCCGAAAAGCCGCAAGUACCAUCCUGGCAAUUCUUUCACAGCAGCUUCUUGAUUCUUGAAACAUCAAAGGCACUGUCAGGGAUACUGAGUGUGGCCAAGUCCAAAAAGGCACCAAAGGCAGGUGCAAAGCCUUCAAAAGAGGUUGUCGAGCGCCUCACGAAGCUUGUCAACCAGGUCGAAGAAGCCGUCAAAUCCAACACCAGAACACUCCGAUCCAAUGUUAUGGGAUCUGGUGUUCUAGGUGUAUUGACUGACUUGAUAUUCCAAAGACAUCCUCAAAAAGAGAGUAGUGAGCUUAACAAAGACCUCGAGGAAACCCUAGACGCAAGCGCCGUCGAGAUCUUCUGUGGAGAGCUAAUGGAGAGUUGGGAGGAGGCCCUUGGGGGUAUCUUGUUCCUUAAAUAAUUACAUAGACUGAUCUCUCAAUUGUAUCUAUAAUAUUUUCGGUAGACUAU